AUGUCCGACGCGUUCGCCAACCUCUGGAGUUCCACCGGCGUGUCCUCCAAGCCCGCGGCGGAAGCCCCGCGCAAGCUCGGGGCCAUCGCCGCCUCCACUCCCAUCCAGGUCGCCCCGAAACGGCCCACGAAUGACGUCUUCUCCAUGCUCGCCGCUGCAGGUUCGUCGUCCUCCCAAGCAUCGCGCGCGACGACGCCCUCGGCCACCGCCCAGGCACGGCCCAUGCAGAAGGCGGCCAGCACCGGGUUCAGCAACGGGGAUGCGUUUAGCAGCCUGCUCGGAGGCUCGAUCUCCACCGGCGCGGCGAACACGACGACCCUCACCAUAGCGCAGCGCGCGGCGCUCGCGGAGAAGGAGAAGCAGCAGCGGGCCCAGACGGCGAAGACACCGGAGCCGGCGGCUCAGGCCGCGUCGGCGUGGGCGGGGCUCGACGCGCUCGGCUCGUCGACGUCUUCCAGGCCGACCGCGGCGAGCUCUUCCAACGACCUCUUCGACGACUUCGGAUUUGGUGCGUUUACCAACCCUCCGGCCCCUUCCAAGGCCCCCCACCCGCCGCCGUCUGCCGACGAUGACGACUGGGACCUGGGCGACUUCAGCAGCGCACCCGCGAAGGCUCCUCCGCCCUCCUCCCGAACGAAGGCCUCGACGUCUUCCAGUCACGGAGAUCUACUGGGCUUCGACGACUUCAUGUCGGCUCCUUCACCGCCCUCAAGACAGAGCUCGUCACCUCAGCCGGGACGGACAAGUACGCCUGGAGACUUCGACUUUGGAGAGCGGGAGGGUGGACUGUUAGGGAACCAAUUUGAUGACGGUGAUGAUAUCUUGGGAGACUUGGGGAAGCCGAUCGAGCAGCUUGCAGCUGUGAGUCGACAGACUGUACGGAACACCCCGUCCCCCCAACCUCCACGCUCUGGUCAACGAUCACGCGCAGUAUCCCCACCGCCCCACAUCCUUGGUCAGAUCGUCGAGAUGGGCUUCUCGAUACAGCAAGCCCGCGUCGCCCUUGCUGCUACAGACACUGGUCUUGACGUGCAAGCUGCGCUCGAAACACUGCUCUCGAACGGUGCCGCCUCUUCGUCUCCAAAUCCGGAACAGCAGCAGGCACGCAGGCCUCAACGGGAACCCGGCCACGAUCGGUACUACGGCUCGGACGAGGAGGAUGGAGUCCCGCGACAGCCUCAACGACCCCCUGCCCGGCGUCCGUCUCAGCCUCCACGACGACCUUCGCGAGAAGACACACCCCCCGGUGGCGGAAGCGUCCAAGACCAGGCGGACAAGCUCAUGACACAGGCGAGCGAGAUCGGGCUCAGUAUGUUCAACCGCGCGAACGCGUUCUGGAAGGAGGGCAAGGAGCGAGUGCAGCGCGCAUACGAGGAACGUCAGGCGGCUACUGCAGGACCACCGACACGGCAGACCGGUGACGCGCCUCGGAGGAACGGACGACCGAAGUGGAUGGAGGAUGCUCAAGGAGGCGAAGCGCCUUCGGAGACCACCACCGGCUCAGGUAGCUUCCGGGACUUUGACGACGACGAGCCCGCUCCUCCUGUUCGACCACCACCACAGCGGCAAGCCCCCCGCCCGAAGGAGCCAGAACAGCCGGCGGCGAGCCCGGCAGAGAGGAUGAGGACGGGAAACCUACUAGGAGAGGAGACUCCCUCUGUGUACGUCUCUCCAUUCCGUCGAAAGAAUCCCUCCCGCGCCCAAGCAUCCACCCCCACCGCUGCACCUUCGAAACCCACCCGGCCACAGCGCGCCCCCUCACCCGUCGCGCUCGUGCAACGCCAAACCAUCUCCGCCUCGCAGCCAGCUAUCGACGCUUCGGCACAGCAGAAGGCCGCGGGGACAGAGAAGUUCAAGGUCGGCCAGUACGGCGAAGCCGAGGCGUUGUACGGCGCCGCGCUCGCCGCCCUCCCGGAACGGCACCUCCUCACCGUGCCGCUGCUGAACAACCGCGCGCUCACGCGGCUCAAGAACGGCGACGCGACUGGGGCGAUCACGGACUGUACCGCCGUCGUCGAGCUCAUCGGGCCUUCCUACCACCCCUCGCGCGAGGCCAAGGUCACGAGCACGAGCGACGGCGCGGGCGUGGACCUCGCGGACGCGCUCGCCAAGGCGUGGCGGCGCCGCGCGGAGGCGUUCGAGGGACGAGAGAAGUGGAAGCUCGCGCAGCCGGACUGGGAGGCGCUCAUCGGCGCGGACUUCGCGGGCGGGCGGAUGCGGCAGGACGCGCUCGCGGGCGUGAACCGGUGCAAGAAGAUGCUCGCUGGCGACGGCGGCUCGGCCCCGAGCUCUGCGCCGAAGCCAGCGCCGAAGCCGAAGCCCGCCGCCAGACCCGCGCCCGCGAGAGCGAAGGCGCCGACGCCGCCCUCGGAAGCCCUGAAUCGCGUGCGGGAGGCGAACGCGGAGGCGGAGGCGGAGGACCAGGCGAAGCACGACCUCAAGGACGCGGUCGACACGAAGCUCGCGGCGUGGCGGGCGGGCAAGGAGAACAACCUGCGGGCGCUCAUCGCGAGCCUCGACACCGUGCUGUGGCCGGAGCUCGGUUUGCAGAAGGUCGGCAUUCACGAGCUCGUGAGUCCGAACCAGGUCAAGAUCCGCUACACUCGCGCGAUCGCGAAGCUCCAUCCCGACAAGUUGAACGUGAAGAACACGACGCUGGAACAGCGGAUGGUCGCGAACGGGGUGUUUGGGAGCUUGAACGAGGCGUGGAACGCGUUCAAGCCAUAG